AUACACAUGGAUGGGCGAUAAUAUCAAGUACCCGGCGGUGCUCAGCCAACGCUACCCAAAGGCGGGCGCACGCAAUCCGAAUGUGACGGUCAACGUGGUGAAUCUGUCGGUGAUCAAGUACAUAUUUCCCACACAGAUCAAGCUGCCCGGGGAUCUGGGCAACGGCAGCUAUGUGGGCGGCCUGACCUGGGCGUCGCCCAUCGAUCUGUCCGUGACGGUGACCAGCCGGGAUCAGACCAAGGCGACGACCGUCAUCUGCCGGGCACCGCACUUCCACUGCCAGGUGGUGCACACCGAGGUGACCAUCAACGACGGCUGGGUGCUGCCCGGCGAGCGGCCGAUCUUCUCGGCUCGCAUCGCUGCCCAGAUGCGCGGCACCCAGCUGCGGCAGCUGCAGCUCCAGGAGCUGGCCAACGGCGAUGCGGCCAUGGACGACAGCCAGGCGAAUGUGACCAACGGCCAGACGACGUACGAGAUCUCCAAUGGCGGCUACCUGUUGAAGCGUCUGCCCGUGCGCGACGGCGAGCACGGCCACUAUCGGCACGUGGUGUUCAUAUCGUCGCUGGACCGACGGCCCGUCCCGCUGACCAUGGGCCGGUUCGAGGUGACCGAAAUCGUCGGCUGGGAUGAGCAGCGCGAGAUCGUUUAUUUUAUGGCUGCUCCUGAAAGGCGACCGGGCGAACGUCACCUCUACAAGAUCAGCCUUAAACUAAACGUCACCGAAACGAAUCGCACCUACAUCACAUCGACGCAGCCCACCUGCCUCACCUGCGACAACACGGAGUCCACCUAUCGGCUGCAUCGCGCCCGCAGCACCAACGCCGCCGCCUGGCAGCGCGGCGACAAGUGGGAGGACAUUGUGUCGCGCCUGGAGCCGGACGACUGCAUCUACGACAUACCCAAGAAUUGUCUAUACAAUCGCGUCCAGUUCAGCCGCGACUACAGCUUCUAUGUGCAGGAGUGCCUCGGACCGGAGUCGCCCAGCGUCUACCUGGUGGAGACGGCCAGCAACGAGAAGAUCUUUGUACUCAAUGCGGGCGAUGUUCUGCGCCAUCGGCUCACCCAGCUGGCCAUACCGCAGACGCGUACCUUCAGCGUCGAGAUACGCCAUGGCUUCCAUGCGCAGGUGCGCCUCUACCUGCCCCCAGGCAUGCGCGAGGAGGAGGAGGUCGCCUUUCCACUGGUGCUACAUGUCGACGCUGCGCCUGGCUCACAGCUGGUCACGGAGCGCUUCCAGGUGGAUUGGAAUUGGUAUCUGUGCAGCCAGCGCAGCUUUAUUGUGGCCCAAAUCGAUGGACGCGGCAGCGGCUACCAGGGUGAACUACUGCGCACCCAGGUGCAUGGCAAGCUCGGCACCGUCGAGGUGGAGGAUCAGCUCGGCGUACUCACCUAUUUGCGCGAUAAUCUCAAGUUCAUCGAUCCGUUGCGCAUUUGCGCCUUUGGCUGGGGCUACGGCGGCUACGCCGCCUCCAUGAUGCUCAUCGAUGAUUCGCAGCAGGUGCUCCAGUGCGCCGUUGCCAUCAAUCCGAUCGUGAGCUUUGGCUAUCAUUAUUCAUUUUUCACGGAACGCUAUAUACCGCUGAAGGGCGACUAUUUGCGCGCUCUGCAGGAGUCGGAUCUGACCAUGAAGGCGGGCAAUAUAAAGGGACGGAAUCUGAUGCUAAUGCACGGCACAGCGGAUACGCUGGUGCAUCAGGAGCAUACGCUGAUGCUGGUGCGGGCAUUGGUCGAUCAGCAGGUGAAAUUCCGUCAUCAGGUCUAUCCAGAUGAGGAUCAUGCGAUCACCCGUUCGCUGAGCCAUGUCUAUAAGACCAUGGAAUGGUAUUUCGAUGAGUGCUUCGGCCCCGUCGACGACAACGAGUGGGACCCAACGGGUCUAUUUGUGUUUAAACAAUAAUUAAGACCCCCCUACGAUCCUUACGACGAGGAUCCGCUGGCCAAUCAGCUAAUCGAUAUCGAUCUCGAUCCCGGCGAGCGCCACAAUCAGACAACACCAGCCACAACACCGC